CCAUAAGAGGACCGCUACUCCUGCAGCAGCGCGGAGCUCCUCUCCUCCAUCCUUCUCCUCCUCCUCCUCUGACUCGUCAGUUCGCUGGAGGCGCUUGUGUCUCUCUUUGGGAAUCGUUGUGGAUUCAGCGCAUUUCUUCGUUUAAUUUUUGAGGAAUAAACGCAACACCGCUGACGCGAUGAGCAACAAGGAGCGACGAGGCGUGAAUUUCAAGCGCUUGCUGAGGAAGAAUUGGCUUCUGAUCGCCACGGUUGUGUCGGUGCUGCUCGGGAUCAUUUUGGGCAUCGUGGUCCGAGAGUAUGCAUCCCUCUCUCACCUUCACAAGCAGUAUUUUGGAUUCCCUGGAGAGAUUCUGAUGCGGAUGCUGAAACUUAUCAUCCUUCCACUCAUCAUCUCAAGCAUGAUCACAGGCGUUGCAGCGCUGGACUCUGAGGUAUCGGGAAAGAUUGGUCUCAGAGCUGUAAUCUAUUACUUCUCAACCACCAUCAUUGCAGUAAUUCUCGGAAUCAUCUUGGUCAUGACUAUCAAGCCAGGUGUCUCACAGGAAGCAGAGCACAUUGACCGGACUGGGACCACUCCCAACGUAACCACAGUUGACACGCUUCUGGACCUCCUCAGAAACAUGUUCCCAGAGAAUUUGGUGCAGGCUUGUUUUCAGCAGUAUAAAACUAAAAGGAAAGAGUUGGAGCCAAUGAAGGUUUCGGUCAACACCACCACUAUUCCACCACUUACGACUGCUAUCAUGGCAGCAGUGGAGAACAUCACCAAGGACUAUAAAAUCAUUGGCUCAUACUCAGAUGGAAUCAACGUUCUGGGCUUGAUUGUGUUCUGUGUGGCGUUUGGCCUUGUCAUUGGGAAGAUGGGAGCGAAGGGGCGGAUCCUCCUGGAAUUUUUUGAUGCCUUGAAUGAAGCCACCAUGAAACUUGUUCAAAUCAUCAUGUGUUACAUGCCAGUUGGUAUCCUGUUCCUAAUUGCUGCAAAGAUCAUCGAGGUGGAGGACUGGGAGAUCUUCAGGAAGAUGGGUCUUUAUAUGGUCACUGUGCUGAGUGGCCUAGCUAUCCAUGCUACCAUCUGUCUGCCACUCAUCUUCUUCAUCAUCGUGCGGAAGAAUCCCUUUACGUUCACCCUUGGGAUGGCCCAGGCCCUCGUCACAGCUCUCAUGAUUUCCUCCAGCUCUGCCACCCUGCCCGUCACCUUCCGAUGUGCUGAGGAGAACAACCGAAUCGACAAGAGAAUCACCCGCUUUGUUCUCCCAGUGGGCGCCACCAUUAACAUGGAUGGCACGGCGCUCUACGAGGCAGUGGCUGCCAUCUUCAUCGCUCAACUCAAUGACUUCAAUCUGGAUGUGGGCCAGAUUGUUACCAUCAGUAUAACAGCAACAGUAGCCAGCAUCGGAGCAGCGGGAGUCCCUAAUGCUGGACUUGUUACCAUGGUGAUAGUCUUGACAGCUGUUGGACUGCCUGCAAGCGACGUCACCCUGAUAGUUGCUGUUGAUUGGCUGCUGGAUCGGUUUCGCACCAUGAUCAAUGUUCUGGGCGACGCUUACGGCGCUGGGAUCGUUCAGAAGCUAUCCAAGAGGGAGCUGGAGAGAAUGGAUCUCAUAUCAGACGUGGAUGUUGCCAACCCGUUUGCUUUGGAAGCCACUUUGGACGACGAGGAGUGUGAGAAAAAAUCCUACGUGAACGGAGGCUUCGCUGUUGAUAAGACCGAUGCAAUCUCCUUCACAGAAACGUCCCAGUUUUAGCUGCUGGGUCGCUCUGAGGAGGGUAGAGGGCCUCUCAUCAGUUAUCAGCACCAUGGGAGACGAAUCCAGCCCAUCAGCCCAAACAUCAGCAACAGGGGCCUUCACAGAGCUUUGAUGAACAUAAUUAUGCCUCAUUUUGGACGUUUCUGACAACCACUACAUUCAAGUGCUUCCUUAUGACACUGACGAUGUGCCAAGAUAAAAAAAAGCCUGUUUUCCUUUUGUUCAAUCUUUCUUGCAAAAAGGACUUUUCAGUGUGUGUGUGUGUGUGUGUGUGUGUGUGUGUGUGUGUACUUUGCAUAUAUAUAUUGGCUAACACUGAUGAAAAUUCCACCAUUGCUUAAGUAGAGAUCAAUAGUCAAAUCUCCCAUCAAGCAUUGCUUGUUUUAAUAAUAAUAAUGUAUGUCUCUAUCUGAAAUGUGCCAAAACAUAUAAACAAAGACUUUUUCUCACAAAGUUGCAUGAGGUGACAUGUAGAGGGAACGAUGAUAGCGGGAUUCAGACAAAGUUUUUGGGAGGAAGACUGACGGCUGAUGAACACUGUGAAGUUUAAGAACAUUUAGCAUUUAUCCAUUUAUGAAAACAAUUACCGUAAUUUUCGGACUAUAGAGCGCACCUCAAUAUAAGCCGCACCUACUAAGUUUUUAAAAACACAUGGAACUGUACUUAUGGAAGCCGCACCGGGCUAAAAGCCGCAGGUAUCCACCGGAUAUCUGCUGAAAUGGAAACGUAGUUUCACUGAACGUAACUGAACUGAUCAGUAUCAAACAAAACAGGAAAGUUAUUGAUUAGUUUAUUCAUCAUCCUCCUGCGCAGGGGCGGAUUAAGGACUGAAGAAGAUCCGGGGCUUAACACACACACACGCACGCGCGCGCACACGCACACACACACACGUGACACGCACUAGUCAACAUCAUAUAUAUUUGUCUUGUACCACACAAUUUUUAAUCUGAAGCUACAUAUUAAGCAUAUUCAGGGCAGAGUAUUGUUCCUGUUAGUGUUUAGUGUGAGAUGAUAGUAAAUAUUCCCGUUCUUUCUCCAACAACUUUACCUGAUAGUAAGCUAACUUUAGGCAAACCAGCAACACAACAAAUAUUUUCUAAUAAGACUCACAAACCUGAGUCAACACCAGUCUCAUCAAAGCUGGGGUUCUGUCGUUGUACUUUUGGUCUAAAAACGUCCUUAUGUCCAUCUUCACUCAUGCGUUUCAGACAGAGACUGUAGAAGAAGCAGGCUGCUGAAGGCCUUCUUCUUCAGUGGUGGAGGCUCAGGCAGGCUGUAUACAAACUACUGCCAGCUGCUCCCUCUCUGUUGGACUUUGGUACUGCAUGUUACUUCCGCGAUUUAGAUCCGGGGCUUUUCAUAAAACAUUCAGGGCUUGAGCCCAAGUAGCCGGGCCUAACGCCGCCCCUGCUGCUGCACACUAAAGCCAUUAAAGUCCUCUUCUUCAGUGUCAGAGUUGAACAGCCUCAGAAGAGCUUCGUCACAUACCUUUUCUGUGGCGAUGUCAGUGUCGCUCUCCGUGUUGCUGUCGUCAUCCCCGGGUGAAGCUGGCUUGAAUGAGUUCUUCCCGCUGCCGUCUCCAGCGCCGAACCAUGGAUUCAUUCAUGCCAAGCGUACGUGCGUCAGCGCUGUUUCCCUCCUUUACUGCCAGAUCGAUGGCCUUCAACUUAAAUGCGGCAUCAUAUGAACUCAUACGUGUAGUUACCAUGAUGAGGGGGUAUGGAUCAUGCGGGCUGCUUGCAUGUGCUAAAUUAAAAUGAGCACUUUCUUCGAUUUCCACUUUUGACUUCCACCUGUUUCACUUUCUGCUAAAGCGCCCCCUGCAGGUGAAGGAAAACCUUCAGUAAAGCUGCACCUCAUUAUAAGUUGCAUGGUUCAAAUUUUGGGGAGCUUUUUCUCUGGAACCGCGCUGCUCUGGGUGGCUGCAUGUUGGAGUAGCUCUGUUGCCUUUUCUUGGGCAUUUUUUCUUCUAGUUUCUCAAGAAAAACUGUAUUUUUCGGACACUUUACUUUUCUGUUUCUGGUGCUGUGAAGCUCGGAGGAUUUUUACUGCUAUUUUUUAGCUUUUUUCACUUUUUGAGCAUUUGUUAUGAUGCGUAACCAUGGCAACGAGCUGGUUUACAACCGGGAGCAGCUGAUUAACAUUGGAAAGGCUGAAAUAAUACCUCAACUGAAGCCACAAAUCCCAAAUGAGCUAAAACGCAAGAAGCGUGGGUACAGAGCGGGAGCAAAACGGAGACAGAGAAAGAGGAAAUUCAGACCAUCUCUUCCAUCGAUCAUAACGGGCAAUGUGAGAUCACUGGCCAACAAGAUGGAGGAACUCCAAGCCCUUUCAAGGACUCAGCCAGAGUUUUGGCAGUUUCUGAACCACUGGAGGAAAUAAUGCAAAGAAGGAUUCUCCAGAGAAUCAAGAAAAUGAUGGACAACCCUGAGCGUUCUCUUCACAAGACUGUCCGACAACGGAAGAGUGUCUUCAGUCAGAGGCUUCUUCAGUUUGGCUGCAACACUGACCGCUACUGGAGAUCCUUCCUGCCAACAGCCAUUGUAAUAUACAACAACUCUUUGAUGACUUGAUUAUUAUUAUUAUUCUGAGCUACUAUAGCAAUCAGUUUCCCUCUGGGAUUAAUAAAGUAUUUAUGAAUUUGAAUUGAGUUGAAAAAGUAGCGGCUUAUAGUCCGGAAAAUACGGUAUAAUAAUGUAUGUCUGAGCAAUGUGGGGAAAGAGUUUUAUUUUAUGUUGUGUGUGGCUCAACGGGGAGUGUUAUCCUCGUUUCACACCUCAUGUUUACUGUGAUCUGGCAUGAAAAUGUAUUUAACUUGACUUUUUCUGGUAGCUUUGUGAAAAAUCUGGAUGCUUCCCACUAGAAAAACUCGGCAAGUCAAUCAGGAAAAGAGGGCACGAAAACUUCUAAUGUCCCUAAAGUCAAUGGUCGCCAAUAAAACACAGAGAACUGCAGCAUCUGUACACAAAUUGCUUUUAGAGUUGUUACGUAAUAAGCUCCAGCUUUAUCCGCUGUCAGCCGUCAAAGGUGAGCGCUGAAUGAAAAGGUUGUUCAGCGUGUUUUACUCAUGAAAACGACACAAUUCUAAUAAAACCACGUUUGUUUAUUUUCAUCA